CACUAGGAGCUGCUGAGGAUAAACGGUAAUUCACACUGCAUCCAUCAUGACUUCUUUAGACAGCGAGCUGGAGAGGAUAGCUACUGAACUGAAACAUCUUACAGUCAGGAGACAACAACUUCUAGAAAGGAAAAAAAUCCAGUGCAUAUUUCAAGAGUUGAAGAAUCGCGUUGAAUUCGGACAAACAGAGGAGGCAGCCUUUUGUCAGCAUGAGAUUGACAGCAUUGAUGACAAACUGAAACAACUGGCAGAAAGAAAGCUAGAGCUCCAAAAAAGUCACAAGAGCAUCCUCAGUGCCAAAGAUAUCAACAGUAGCAAGGAAGAGGUCAGUUUCACCUCCAGUGAGAAGAUUGUGCCUGGUGAUCCUCCCAACAAUGUUUUCUUUGUUGAGCAUCCACCUAAUAUCCCUGCCCCUACAGUGAUUCUGGACUUGGAAAAACUUCCUCCAUGUCCAUGCAAGACACAGUGUCCAGAGUGCAACCAGUUCAUCAUGACAGAGACCUUUACCUCUGUCAGCAGUGUCACCUGGCUGGUGUGUUUCAUGACAGCUUUGAUGGGCUGCGUGGCUGGUUGUUGCUUCAUUCCCUUCUGCCUCGAUAAGUUCAAAUCUACCACACACAGAUGUCCAAAGUGUCGAUCGGAAAUCCAAGUUAUUAAAAAACUCUGAGAGGCAAGCAGCUGGUGAGAAACUAAAGCUAGGACUGAAAGAGCAGUAUACAUCUAUCCAUUGGUGAUGUAGCAUUUCAGCAGCACAGCUCCCUUGGAGAGUGUAUCUAUUUGCAUUCACUAUCACUAUGAUCACUUAAUGUUAGUGACUGAAGGAUGUUUGUAGACUUAAACAUUCAGGCGCAAUCACUUGGGUUUAAUGGAGCAUAUGUCAGAAGGAACAUGUUGUCUGUAUCUAAAUGUAUAUUAUAUUAUAUUUUCAGGAUGUAUCUGUAUAUUCAAACUGAUCUUUUACUGAAUUAGAAAAGCUGAUCAGUAUAACUGUAAAUAUACUAUAGUACUUCAAAUCUGCAAAAUGACUAAAAUCACAUAAACAUUCAGUUCCCUCUAAUGGCUUACAAAUGACAUGAACUGUUUGUUUGUGCAACAAAACUACAAAAUAAUAUUCUUUAAAGCACUAAAGGGGAAAAGGCAUAGUGGGGAUGGUCAUA